AUGGGUUGGCGUUUAACCGACUUGUUCUCCACGUCAGACUCGUCGUCAUCAGCAACGUCACGUUCUCAGCAAACCGCCAGCCACGUGUCCUCGUCCCCCUCCGCCACCCACGUGUCAUCCACACCGUCAGCGGUCCCAUCAGCAGUUGCGCCUCCUGGAGCGGCGGUACCGGCACCGACAUCUCGAGCCGCGCCUGGAGCCGCAUCUCAACCUGCGGAGCAUAGAUAUGGCAUCGCGUUUGGCGGUAGUUCUCACAUGUCGCGCCUCGACGCCGCAGCCGCCGCCGCCGCGGCCGCUCCGCUCGCCACCGCGCCAGGCGCAACGCCCGCCGUGAUCGUUCUCGCGCCCCCGCAACGCCCCUCCCCUUCCGCCAUCUCCCCGCUUCCGCCGUCCGCCUUCCCGCCUUCCGCGCGCGGCGGCGGCCUCGCGGCCGUUCCGCCGCUUGCGCGCCCCGAUGCCUCCCCCUCCGCCACUCCCCUUUCCGACGCUGCGGUGGACACGUUCUUCUCCCCCCGAGACUCGUUUUCCUCCGCGCAUGGUUUUUCCGCCCGCGAAUCUUCCUCUCCUUUUAGUCACCAUUCCUUAGACUCCGCCCACCCGUCAAGUCGCGUUUCUAGUGGCCUCCGUGCCGGCCGGUCGCUGCCGUCAUUAGAUCCGUCGAUCCGGAAACCGCGGAGACCGCACGAUCUUCUUUUCCUGGUUCUCUUCUUAGCAUGUCUGGUCGGCACGGGAUACGCGUCGGUUCGGAUCGGUUGUUCGCGAUGGACGAUUCCGCCGCCUAGCAGUAGUAACAGUAGUAGUAGCGGAGGCGCUAAUAGCGGGACGCAAAUUAAUCACUCUACGAAGGAGUUCUGGCCGGUUUUGAUGGUAGCAGCAGCGGUGGCGCUAGCAGCAGGGACGGUCCUACUGCAGCUACUAUUUUUCUACACUAAUAUGGCGAUUAAAGUGGUAGUGCACGUGCUGACGACGUAUAUAGCGGUAGUUAGCGUGUUCUGCUUUUGGGAUAAGGAGUACUUUUGGGGGAUUUUCUUCGCUAUCGGCGCUGUGCUGCAAUUCGUAUACGCCAUUGCGGUGGUGGAUAGUAUUAUUGUGUUCUGCUUCUGGGAUAAGGAGUACUUCUGGGGGAUUUUCUUCGCUAUAGGCGCUGUGCUGCAAUUCGUAUACGCCAUUGCGGUGGUGGAUAGAAUCGCGUACACCAUGCUGGUUGUGCGUACAGCCCUGGGAUUCGCUCGAGGCUUCCCCUUGCUGAUUCUCCUCGCCCCCUCCCUCAACCUCUCUUCCCCCGCCCCCCUGCAUCCCCCCCCUCCCCCCCCAACCCCCAUGCAGAAUCGCAUACACCGUGCUGGUGGUGAGACGAGCCUUGGGAUUCGCUCGGGGUUUCCCCCUCGUGAUCCUCUUUGGCCCCUCCAAAACCCUGCGCCCUUCCCCGCGCCCUCCUCCUCUCCCCCACACCACCCCAUCAGAAUCGCAUACACCAUGCUGGUGGUGAGACGAGCCUUGGGAUUCGCCCGGGGCUUUCCCCUGCUGAUCCUCUUCGCCCACGUGGCAGCGCUGCUGCUUGCCACGUGGAUGGGCGUGUGGACGUUCGGUGUGUCAGGGAUCAUGGCACAGGACCAAGCUAAGCUAGAACGGUGGUGGAUAUUACUGCUCUUCGCCAUGAGCAUCUUCUGGACGGCGGCGGUCGUCUGCAACAUGGUGCACGUGGUGACAGCUGGUGUGAUGUCAUCGUGGUUCGCCGCCAGCUCAGCGGAGCAGAACGCCAGCUCAGCGGCAGCGGGGGAGGCGGCUUCUGCAUCAGAGGAGGGGCGGGGGGGUGCAGCGGUGCCACCUCAGCAGUUCCAGCUGGCGCCGGGGCGUGUCACUCUGGAGGCCACGUGGCAUGCUCUGAUUGGCCUUGGGAGCAUCUGCUACGGGUCGCUUUUCAGCCCUCCGAUUCGAGUGAUCCGAUGGAUGAUUCGCGGCGUAAGAGCUUGGUGCAUAGCGAACGAGUGCUUCUUCUUCAUCAUCAACCUUGCUUUCAACUUUAUCGAAGCUCUCACCCGCGCAUUCAACGCCUUUGGCUUUGUCACGCUGGCAACAUAUGGCAACAGUUUCAAUCGCUCGUCUGUCGAGGCAUGGGAGUUGUUCCAAUCCACAGGCGUUGAAGCAGUGAUAGCAUACGACCUCUCAGGCGCCGUGCUGCUGAUGGCCGUGAUGCUCGCAGCGAUGGUGGCCGGGACAGCCGCGGGCGUGUGGGGGUGGUUCGUGGCUCAAGAGCUGGUGGUGGUUGUUGGAGCGAUGGGGAUUGUUACAGGAGCAGCAAUGGCCGGUGUGGUGCUAUCAGUGGUGGAAGGGGCAGUCACAGCGACCUACGUGACAGCAGCAGAGGACCCUACUCUGAUUGGCUGCGUCGAUGCUGAGUUUGCCGCCCAGUUACUCGACACGCUACACCAGCGGUUACAGCACCGCAGCGGCAAGCCACUGCCACCCAGCCUCGCGUCAGAUGGACUUGUUGGGGGGGUGCCAGCAACGUAA